AUGGAAUUAUUAUAAAUCCAAGCAUAUUUUUAAUUAUCGAUUGAAUAAGUCAAAUUAUCUAGUUCAUUCCAAAAACCAAAAAAUAUGAGAUCAAAUGUUAUAAAAAAUAUUUAACCAUAAAACUCUUAUGAUUUAUAAUAUUAAACUUAUGAUGAAUAGUUGUUAAGUGUUAUGUAGCUUCCUUAUUCAAUACAAUUUAUAAAGUUUGCAGUUGUUUAACUUGAUUCUUUCAUUUCAAUAAAACCAUCAGAAUACUAAUAGCAAUCUUUAGUGUUAGAAAAAGUAAAAUUUGUAAUUUAUGUUAGGUAUGA